AUGGGGAAAGUGGUCGUGCUUACAUCAAACAUAAAAUGGAUCAAUGAAGAAAUAUCAAUUAUAGCUGAUGAGGUGGAGUAUAGGAUUGGAAUCGUUGAAUACACCGACGAUUGGUCCGUGUUCAAACCACUACUGUUUGACAAAGUCAAGGAAUCUGAUGACGAGGAGGAAGAAGUUGAUAAAAUACCAGAAACAUGGAUGAACGAGGGGGAACAGGAACCAAAAGACGGAGAAAUUUGGGACGAUGAAAAUCACAACUCACCUAUGAAAACUCCGACCCUGUUGAAAGAACUGGAGAAUGGAGAAAUCCGGAAUAAUGAUAAUCACAAGUCCCCGGAGUUGUCCCAGUCAAAUCUGACGGCUCUGGUAGUGUCGGAAUCAACGACAACAAUGGGAGACACUGAUGUUCGGAUAGGCGAAAGUACACUUGGUUGUUUUGGGCCUUUCCUAAUCAACUCUUCUCUUUUCAGCUUUAAAUCGCCCCAGACCCAUCGAAUAUCGGAUCCCAUUGUGAAAACUCAGAUCAGUACUAGGCAUAAUCAAAAUAAAAGAAAGUGGGAUAAAUCUGGAAACCGGAGCUCCAAAAACACAAGAAUCUCUUCCACACCAGAACCAAACUCUACACAUCCAGGUAAUCUAGCUCAUCCUCAAAUCGAUAGGUUUUCGUUUAAUAUGGACGUGGUACAUGAGAAGUCUCAGACAGUUAUCAACUCUGAUAUCGUGCCACCGCCAAUUGUCAAUGUCACAUCGACCGAAUUAGAAGAAACUGUAGCUAUCGGGACUAAGAUUGGGUUCCAAAUUGAUGUUCGGGAGCCACUCCUUAUUGCGACAGUUGGAGAAAUCAGAGAGAAAAUCUGUUAUCAAUGA